GAAAAGUGAUAGGUAGUUGACUCCUUUCCUUCCUUUCCUUUUGACUAACCCCACUUUCACCGCCACCCCCAACACACAGAGACAUGAACGACGCUCCGUUCACCUCCCUUCCAAUUUACACCGCCGCCAUCACCACCACCUCCCCAUCUCCUCCGCCACCACCCACCACCACCACCUCCACACCCCACAUUCCAAAACCCACUUGUUUCCGAAUUUUAUGCCACUCUUCUCGCGCUGGCGGCAUCAUUGGCAAAUCCGGUUCCAUCAUAAAACAUCUCCAAACUGCCACGUCAUCCAAGAUUCGUCUUCUUGAGUCAAACCCAUCUUCCGAAUUUCGUGUUAUUUCGAUUUCGGCUGAUUCCACUCUCACCAAAACAAUGUCGUUUUGUAAUGGGUAUGAAAAUAGUUAUAAUAAUAAUAAUAAUAAUAAUGAUAAUAGUAAUGAUGAUAUAUAUAUGAAUGUAAGUAUUUCGAAUGCACAAGAGGGUUUAGUUAGGGUUUAUGAAAGGAUAUUAAAUGUAGCUGCUGAUGAGAAUGAUGAUGAUUAUGAAACAAAUGAGAAUGUUGAUGAUAAUUGUGUUGUUUCGUGUCGGUUACUUGCGGAUACGAAUAAUGUCGGGUUUUUGAUUGGGAAGAGUGGGAAAGGGAUUGAGAAGAUUAGGAAGGAGGCUAAUUGUAAGAUUAGGAUUUUUAGUCAAGGAAGAUUGCCUUCUUGUGCUUUGCCUAAUGAUGAAUUGAUUGAGAUUGAGGGUGACAUUCUUGCGGUUAAAAAGGCACUUAUCGCCAUUUCUGGUCGUCUUCAAGAGUGCCCCCUUUCUGAAAAAGAAACAACGGUGUUGGAUAGACCUAACAACAGGUUCAAUCGUGAACACACUUUACCAAAUGGGUACAACCGGAAACCUGCAUUGUCAAAUGGGUACAACCGGAAACCUGCAUCGUCAAAUGGGUACAACCUUGAACCUGGUUUACGAAAUGGGUACAACCAUGAACCUGCAUUGGAAAAUGGGUAUCGUCAAGAAGCUGCUUUACGAAAUGGGUACAAUUAUGAACAUGCUUUAACAAAUGGGCACAUGGAUUUAGCUCAAGCAAGAACGUCAAAUGAAGAACCUGCACCUAGGAACUCUUCUAGUUAUGCUUUAGGAACUAAGCGUUUUGGAUCUUUAAAGGCUGAAGCAUUUCCUUCAGUGGACUUUAGACAUUCUCAGGAUCUGCAUGAAAUAGUUUUCAGGAUCCUUUGUUCUAGUGAUAGGGUAGGCGGAGUAAUAGGAAACUCAGGGACAAUUGUGCGAGCACUAGAAAAUGAAUCAGGUGCUCGCAUAAGGAUUUCACCUCCAGCAGAAUAUCAUUAUGAGGAACGAUUAAUCACCAUAACUGCAAUGGAGAGCUCAGAGUCACGAAACUCCCCUGCACAGAAUGGUGUCAUUCUUGUUUUCAAUAGGUCUGUGGAGGCUGGCUAUGAGAAGGGGUUAGAUUUACCAUCAUCAGGAACACAUAUCACUGCUAAACUUGUGAUUCCAGCCAACCAUAUGGGUUGUCUGCUGGGCAAACGCGGUUCCAUAAUUGCGGAUAUGAGAAAGGUAACUGGUGCAUAUAUUAAAAUAGUUGGUGGUGAAGAAGGCCCGAGAUUUGUUCCUGAGACUGAUCAAAUAGUUUUGAUUACAGGAGAGUUAACCAAUGUACGAGAUGCUUUAUACAGUGUCACUCGCAGGCUGAGAAACUUUAUUUUCUUCUGUAAAAAGUCAAGUGGCCCUAAUAUCAGUGGUGCUUAUGGACAUGGAAGCGGUCAACCGCCUUUCAGAAUGCAUCCUUCCAUUGCCACUGAUCAAUUUAAUCAGCAUACAAGUUUGAUGCAGAGUAUGGAUAAUCUUACGCUCAGUAAUGUAGAUCAUCCUUCAUCAUCCAGGCCACCGCAACCUCGAGCAGGAGAUAGAAAUCCGAUGGAUGGACAUGAUGUUGACAGAGGAUCUACUUCUUAUAAAGGUGGCAUUGAACUUGGAAGAGGAAAUAGAUCUGCUAUUGUAACAAAUACGACUGUGGAAAUUAUGAUUCCAGAAAAUGAUAUCGGGUUGAUUUAUGGAGAGAAUGGAAGCAAUCUGACUCGUCUAAGACAGAUUUCCGGUGCAAAGGUUGAAAUACAUGAAGCCGGCUCAGGAUUGAACAACCAGAUCAUUGUCAUAUCUGGCACCCCUGAUGAAACCCAGUCUGCUCAAACCCUCCUUCAAGCAUUCAUACUUGCUGACCAACAGUGAUGAAGAACUUGACAAGCUUUCCGGGUAGCUGAAUAUCUAAUCUAGUUUAUAGAUAUGAGUUAUAGCGAAUGACCUUUCAGGAAAGAGAAAAGCAAAACAAGAUUUUUUAGCUUGAGUGCAAGUAAUACUUUGAAGGUCA